CACAUGCUCUUCCUCUCUCCCUCUCUAGUUGUUUUCAGAGUGGUUCGAGCUGAGAGAGGUAGAGUACAUCAGUCAGAGAAGCUGUGUGGAUGGGUGGGGUGUGUGUGCGCCUACUCAAACGGCCCAGGAAAGUCAAAGUUGAGAAAUCUGCCUAUGUUGGGAAAAAAAUCAACUGAAGGGCUUCCUUAGUAGUCUGCCUCCUGUGACUUCCGUUAUUUUUCAGGAGAAGCGCUACAAAGCAGCCACUGUGCUUACUGAUCGGCCUCCCCCUGUAUUGCUUCAUUGAGAAGGUAUACAAAUGCUCUCAGUCCAGCCAGACACCAAGCCGAAAGGUUGUGCUGGCUGCAACCGAAAGAUCAAGGACCGGUAUCUUCUAAAGGCACUGGACAAAUACUGGCAUGAAGACUGUCUGAAGUGUGCCUGCUGUGACUGCCGUCUGGGAGAGGUGGGCUCCACCUUGUACACGAAAGCCAACCUUAUCCUUUGCCGCAGAGACUAUCUGAGGCUCUUCGGUGUUACGGGAAACUGUGCUGCCUGUAGUAAGCUCAUCCCCGCCUUUGAGAUGGUGAUGCGAGCCAAGGACAAUGUUUACCACCUGGACUGCUUUGCAUGUCAGCUUUGUAAUCAGAGAUUUUGUGUUGGAGACAAGUUUUUCCUCAAGAACAACAUGAUCCUUUGCCAGACAGACUAUGAGGAAGGUUUAAUGAAAGAAGGCUACGCACCCCAGGUUCGCUGAUCUAUCAACACCACCCCAUUAAGAACACAAAGCACUACUUUCUUUUAUCUUUUUUGCUCCACAUGUAUAUAAGAAUUGACACAGGAACCUACUGAAUAGCGUAGAUAUAGGAAAGCAAGAUGGUUAUAUGGAAAAAGAGGCGGACUGCAUCUAUUUGUAUGUAGUGAAAUUGCCCCAGUUCAGAGUUGAAUGUUUAUUAUUAAAGAAAAAAGUAAUGUACAUAUUGCUGGAUUUUUUUUUUUUGGCUUGCUAUUCGUUUUUGUGUCACUUGGCAUGAGAGGUUUAUUUUGGACUUUUGUACAUAAUGUAUUGUAAUAUUUGAAGCACAAAUGUAAUACAGUUUUAUUGUGUUACCAUUUGUGUUCUGUUUGCUCCUUUGUAUUGUUGCAUUUAGUACAAUCAGUGUUUAAACUUACUGUAUAUUUAUGCUUUCUGUAUCUACCAGCUAUUCUAAAUGAGCUAUAACUUUCUAGUAAAGAAUUGAAGAGCAAAUCUCACUAAUGAUACACAUGUAGAUAAAGCAAGUCUACCAACAUUAAGAUGCUAAAAAAAAAAAAAAAAAAGACACACACAAAGCAUUUUAGCAACAUCCACCAUUGUCACUAUGAUUUAGAGUUUGUCAGUGAUCUCAGUAUAACCCCUAUUUUCAGGGGAUUAAAGCUCAGCUUUAAAAAUGCAUAAAAAUUUCAACUUAAAGCACUUUCAUUUUCUACCAAUGUGAAAAGUGCCAUUUUCAGAGUAAGUUUGAAACUUAAUAGUUAUCUUUUUUGGCUUCACAUCUACAAAUAUUUUGGGUUCUCCCACCCAACCAUUCACCUUUCAUGUGCACUAGUGCCUUUGGUUAUGAAAAUUUUUCCGAAGGGUUAAAAAAAUAUAUCACAGCAAUUAGGAGAAUUUUAAAAUGGUAAGUCCUCUAUACAGUUUGUCCAGACCUCACCCCAGGAGCAAAAGGUUCAGUAACUUUAAUAAAGUUGGCUUAAAACAUUUCUGGCACUAAAAUCACAAUAAUGCACAUUGAAACUAAUAUUUGAAAUAGUGAGGUUACUUUUGAUCAAAGGAACUUAAUGUGCUUAGAGAAUCUAGAAGAGAAACAAUUAGUCUGAUGAAAACUUGAGAACUGGUAAUUAUGAUUUUUUCCUGCCACAUGCUCUGAUAUCCAAACAUGAACACCUUAAAAGUGUGGUGUGUCUUACCUUCUUUGCUUUAAGUAAUUACCCACUCAGAAUGCAUCACACUUGAGCUGAUAUGGGAAUUUUAUUUUUUAAAAUGAAAUAUUCCACUAUCUACAUGCUAACUUGAUAGCUGAUAAAGAAGAAAGCUUUCUAGAAACAUUUUUAGACUGAUUAUUUAACUAUAAUUAAAUUGAGACUAUGAACACCUUCGGGGUUACUACCCCGCUUCUUAGCUCCUACUCCCUAUAACAAAACUUUUCAGCAAAGCUAACUCUAUACAGGCAUAACACAGCACAUUUUUACUGGCGUGAACUUAGUGUUAAAUUUUUUUUUCAACAUUUGUGUAGGAAACAAUAUUUCCCAGUGUUUGUUUACAUAUAUAUUUUGUCCUGCCCACAAAUGCAUUGCAGAUAAAAGUUAGAUAUUAAACCUGGAUUUUUGGUUUGUGGCCAAAGUAUUAAGCUGAAAAUAAUGCUGGUACUUAUUUGUCUUAAAAAAAAAUUACUAUGAACAUGCAUGUGAAUCUGGAUAUUGCCUCUCAUUUUUAAGAAAAUGGUUCUGUGAACAGUGAAUGAUAUGUAUUUUUACAAAUGCUUCAUGUUAAGAGUAUUCAAGUCACAUGUCCCCCAAAUCUGAGAUAUUCUGAUAGGAAUUUCAAAAAUAACUACUUGGGGCCUGCAACUUAACUAUUUUAAUCAUAAACCCUUACUAUGUUUCAUGAAAGACUGGUAGAGCCAAAACCAAACAGAAGAAGUGGAGGGAGGAGAAAGAUUUUCAUUAUAUAGCCUUGCUAUGCCCUCUAAUAGUUGUAUGAAAUUCAUGUGGACUUGAAAUUUUGUCAACCCCUUUUGCAAAUUCUCUUUUUAAAAAAACAUUAAAAAAGUUUUGCAUAUGUUUACCAAUAAAUGGAAAUACUUGCAAAUGGGGAACAAACUUCUCAGCUGCUUGGAGCUGUUUAGCUAUCUUUGUCACCCAAUGAUUAGCUUAAUCCUUUUGGGAAUGAGUGCUUGUACUUUUUACUGCACACAAUAUUACUCACCUGGAUUAAAGAUUAAGGCCUUAAUCUCCUUAGAUUAUCUUUAAUCUCCAUGCAAUUGUAAAGCAAGACAUUGGGCUAUUUUACAACUAAUUGCCCGUUAAUAGUUGCAUUUUUUACCUGAAAUGCUAAGCUAAUUGUCUUGACUAUUCAAAAGUCCCUGAACUGUCCUCAACUUUCCUCUUUGCGUUGUGUAGCCCUGAUGUCACUAAACUUAUUAUUGGAUGCCUGCUGUAGGACACCUUUGACAGAGCUUUGGUUUCUCAAGCAGUGAAAGCGCUGUUCCUAAAAGCAUCUCAUAGCAACUGCCUCCGAUGAAGGACCAGGCACCUGCACUCCAGAGUGCUGGCUGAGUUUAAAAGCUGAUCUGUGUUUGUGAUUUCACUCUCAUCUUGCUUAAUAAAUAUUUGCUGAAUUCUUUCAUU